GCCAGCUGUUUCGAACACUCCCCUCUCCGUGGGAUCAAUAUGUCUUUUUAGUUUAUAUCCUUUCGAAACAGGGCCGAAAUUCGCUAAAUUAAUAUGACUACGGUUUCCAAGGCCGCAAUUGGCAUCGCUGCGGGUGUCUGCGGCACCUUGAUCCUGGGAUACUGUUUGUACUUCGACCGGCAGAGGAGGAGUGAUCCCAAUUUCAAGAAGAAGUUGCGCGAACGUCGCAAGGCCAAGAAGGAUGCCAACAAGAGGGGUGCAUCAAAAUUCCCAAAUCUGAAAGAUCAUGAAGCUGUCCAGAAGUUCUUCCUACAAGAGAUUCAAUUGGGAGAAAUGAUGCUGGCCAGUGGAGAAAUUGAUGAGGGAGUUGAGCAUUUGUCCAAUGCCGUAACAGUUUGUGGUCAACCCCAGCAGCUUCUGUCUGUCCUGCAGCAGACAUUACCACCUCAAGUUUUCAACCUCCUUCUUCAAAGACUUCCUGCUUUGGGACAGAGGUUAAUGAGUCAUGAAAUGGGAAAAGGAUUAGAGGAUGAGGAUGUUGAAUAAGUUUCUUCUGUAGAAAUGUGGACAGUAGUUUGCGAGUUCCUUUUGUUGGUGAAAGGGCAAGUGAUCAAGCUCAGAUUAGUGGAGAAGUUGUAAUUUAACUAUUGCAGCAGUUAUUAUUAAAAUGUUGCCCCAAAUACCCUGAAAAGCCUUAUGUUUGUAUACUAUGUAUCUUUGUUACCAUUGUCUUGAUGUACUGCCACAAACUUUUGAUCCCAUUUUCCCUUGUCAUUUGUCCUUCCACCCCCUAGUAAACCAAAACUUAGAUUACAUCUGUGACAGUGACUUCUUAUAGAAUAAACACGUUUUUUCAUAAUUUUUUUUCAUUUUGGUAGUUGUUUUUUCUUCUUUUUUUUUAACUUUUAUAGUGUAGAGACUCUCAAUUUGUUCCCCAUUAAGUAGUAAUGAUCAGACAUCCAUUCCAAAUUAGGUGUGUGUAGUUUCUGAUGCGUAUAAUUUUCAUGUUAAGCAAACUAUUCUCAUUGAUGUUAAUGUCUUAUGUUUGGCCGAGGCAAGUAAGUAAUUUCCACUCUGAUUUUCUUACAAUUUCCUUAGUCCUUCAAUAACUUAACACACUUGGUUUUUGUUAAUUCAUGUCUUUGAUCACAACUUAUCUUUUUUACAUGUGGACCUUGCCUUGCUCAAUUAAGUUGAAAAGGAAUGGAAAUGCACAGCAACAGAAAUAAUCCAGUUUCAUUUCUGUUGUAAAAUAAAAAAUUCUUUCUUAUAGCAUGUUUUUUUCUGAAUGGCUAUCACUGUUAACUUGCAGUUCCUGCUAUGGCAGAUGGUCCAUAAUUCAUCCUCUGAUAAACACAUGUGCAUGUGUGUGUGAGAGUAUGAAUGUACCAAGUUUCUGCAUUUAGGCAUUGGCAUUACUUGAAGUUGUUAUGAAUGGCAUGCAAAGUCAGUGAAAGAAUUUGCUAAUGAGAUCAAUGCAAACCUUACCAUGCACUGUUGUGUCUCCACCUGUCUGGUUGUUUGUUGUUAUGUACAUAACAAAUUUUAUGUGAGAUAUCGAAGUAUUUUUUAAUCAUAUUUUGUGAACUCAAAUUUGAAUUGUACUGCACAUUGUCAAAGGUCAUUUCUCACUAAACAUGUCAAUGUUUAUUUUCAAAGAUGUUGGGUAUCACUCUUCUGAUAUAUAAAAAAUGAGAGGAGUGUUUACUCUUAUCUUUGAGUAUGAAAGAGUCCUUAAAAAUUUGGCAAUAUUGGCACAGCAUGCAUAAAUUUAGGAAACAUUAGUAUUCUUCUCUAAUAUUGUGGUCAGAUGUGUUAAGGAAUACUACAGAGUAGAAGUUCCACUGAAGGAAUGUAGUUGAGAGAUAAAAAUAAGUUUAUUUUUUCUUCUCUGACAGUGGCUAGUUUUAACAAUAUAACAGUCAACAAACUCCCUAAGGGGAAUAAAAUUCUAAAUCAAUAAA